AACUCAUUCACUCUUCGCGCGCGUCGUUGAAUUUUUUUUGAUAACACAACAGCAGAAUGCCAGUCCUCGAAGAAGUACAACAAUAUGCUCAACAAAAUAUAUAUGAGCUUCAAUCACGUCUGCAAGGAACUCUCCAAACUGACGUUUCAAUUGUAGUUGAUUGGGCAACUUUUGAACAACACAUUCAACAAGAUUUCUUACCAUUAUCCUAUGAAGUUUUGUGUUCUUGGAAUGGUUUCCUUGUUCUUGGUAAAAUUGUCGAUUCUAUUCAAUCAAUGGUUGAUGAAUUCGGUGGUAAUGCUCGUUCUGAAAUUGCCAGACAAUUAGCUCAAGUCAGACUUCAAUGUAUUGCCAAUCCUCCUCCACCAAAACCAGUAGGAAAGGAAUUAACAACACAAGAAAAACACAAACAAAAACUUGAAGAAGCAGAAAAUCCAACUAAACCAACAAUAUAUUUGAGAGAUGGUGCUUUGAACGUUUUAGUUCAAUUGGGUAUUGGUGCUACAGGUGUCCCAAGUUUCUCCUAUGUCAAGGAAACUUUGAAUGCCUUGUUCAGUGUCAGUGUUGCUUAUUAUAAAGGAGUUUUGGAAGCUAGAAUUGCCAAGACUAAAGAAGAAAUCAAGACUGAAGUUGGUGACGCAACCUUUGAUGUAGAUAUCGUUUUUGAUUGGGAAAGUUUCCAAAAUGCUGGUCAUAUGGAUCAAGCAUUGAAUAAUAUGGGUCGUUGGGAUUGUUGGUAUUCAUUGCAAGUAUUGCCACGUGCUUUCCGUUGGGUCAAGUCUGAUUUUAAUGUCUCUCAAGAUAGAUUGAAACAAUCUGUCAAGAGGGUUCUCUUUACCAAUGCCGAAGAUGAUGGUGUUGAAAAGAGAUAUUGGCACUCAUAUGCCUUGUUGACCAAUGGAACUUUGGAAUUGAGAGGUGUUUAUAGAGAAUGGUGGGGAUACAUUUACAGUUAUGAUAUUACACGUGCAGUUGGUUAUGGUUGUGCUUUAGAUGAAGCUGAUGAAGCUUUUGAAGCUAAUGCAUCAUUGGAUAGUGAUACUUUGGAUAGAUGUGUUCGUGCUGUUCGUGAAAUUUGUUCUCACAAUGCCAUUAGAUACGGUAACUUGAAACCAAUCCUUGACUUGUCAAAGAGAAAAUGCUUCCCAGUUUUGGAUGAAGCUGAUACUGAAGCAGUUGAUAUUUGUUUGAACACCUAUUACAAGGAAGUCAUGUGUAAGAAGAAGGGUGGAAAGAAGGAUGACAAGAAAGACGAUAAAAAGAAGGACGAUAAGAAGGAAGAUGAUGAUGAUGGAGACGAACCAGUUCAUGAAGAAGAUGAAGAAAAUCAAGAGGAACAACAAGAAUUUAAGGAAGGUGACAAGUUCCCAGAAACUGUCUUGAAGGGAUACAAUAUUAACAAGACAAACUUUAGAGGUCAAGUCCAAGCUCGUCUUGCUGUUAUUACUAACAAGGCUCUCUAUACAUUCGCCUAUGAUUACAAGAAGAAGGAACUCACAAAGAGAAGAGCUCACCGUUAUACAUUUGACAAACUCUAUUCCACAAGAUAUGGUCCACUUAAAGAAGAUUUGGGCGGUGUUGUUGGUGGAGGUGUUGCUGGUGCAGUUGCUAAUGCUGCUGCUGAUGCUAUGAAGGAUUUGUCCAAUUAUGGUUUGAAGAUUUAUACUAACAUUAUCACAUCUAGAAAGGAAAUUUUCACUGAAAAGGCCAUCUCAAAGGCUGUCAAGAAGUUUGUUUUCAAGGUUUUGAAAUUCCUCGUUGAUGGUCCACUUAAAGAAGCUGUUGGAUCUGAAAAGGAACCAACUGUUGAAAUUCCAGGCUUACCAAAGUUCAACUCUCCUGCAUUCUUAUUGAGAGUUGCUUCCACAAGUUUAUAUAAGGAUAGAGUUGAAGCUGUUGCUAGUGUUGGUGGUCUCCAAGAAGCUAAUGUUGCUCACCAAUUGGAAAUGGCUGCUGAAAUGUUCGAUACUUUAUCCGAAACUAUUGAACUCGAUUUACCAAACUUGCCAAAUAUGAAGUUGAUUACCUUGCUCAGUCAAAUUUGUGAAAUUUUGGAACAAAAUGUUGACAAUAUGGAUUUGAACAUUCCAAGUUCCUUCACUAUCAGUUCUCUCAUUAGAAAUAUUAACUAUGCCGUCUAUUCAUUGGAAAGAGCUGGUACUAACCCAACACUCUCCUUUGAUCAACCAAAGCCACUCCCAUAUUCUGAAAUGUGUGGUUUGCUCAAGGGUGCUUUGGAAGCAUAUAAGAAUAAGGCUGAUUUUGAUAAUACUGCUGUCAAGAUGCUCGGUAAUGGUCAAUCCUUCCCUAAGAUUGAUGAAUUGGUUGAAAACUUGACUCAAAUUGGAGGUAUGCCAGAUAUUCAAUUCGACCCAUAUCCACCAGUUCUUGUCAGUGCUAUUUUGAAAGCCAUUGCUGGUUAUUUGGGCAAGUACAAUUUGCCAGGUUUCAACUUGUUGUCAUUGAACAUUCCGGGAUUGAGCAUUCCAGGUUUACCAAGAAUUAACUUACCUAGUGUUCCAUUGCCAGGUAUUCUUGGUAGAUUGAAGCCUCCAAGUGAACCAUCAAGAGAAGAAUUCGUUGUUCAAAUUAACAAUCCUCACAAGGAAUUGUCCAAGUUUUUGAGUGCUCAAUUCUGUUACCUUAUUUAUGCUGCUUCUAUGGCUGAUCAAUAUCCAUAUUGGCCUUGGUCCCCUUAUGAAACAAGUUAUGUGGGUGUCCCAGUCUCUGUUAUUUCAAUGGUCUAUAACAAGAGUGGUGGUAAGGGUAAUAAGGAAAAGAAGUAAAUUGUAAAAUAAACAUUCAAUCUAAUUUAUUAAA